UUUACUACUCCUCUCUUUCCCUCUCUCCUAUCAUCUAAAAAUUUCAUUCUUCAAAACCCACCACAUUUUUUUUUUUUUUUUGGUGGUCUUUCAUUCCUAGCUCAUCACUAGGAGCUUUCUUUUCAUUUUUUUAAUUUUCCAUGCUUUAAGAGCUUUUUCUUUCACCCACCCUUUAUUCAUUUUAAACCCAACUUUCAAAAUAUUGAAAGCUGCGAAAAAUACCAAAGAGGAAGUGAAGCCAUGAAAGAGAGAGGCAAAGCAGCUGUGGAAUCUGCAUACAACAAUAUUGACAUGGAAUACUAUUCUACUUCAUCUGAUAUGCCAUGCAGGAAACACCCUUCUUCUUCUUCCGUUGGGAUAUGUGCUUAUUGUCUCAAAGAUCGUCUUGUCAAGCUGGUUUGCUCGGAUUGUGGUGAGCAGCGUUUAUCUUCUUGUUCUUGUUCUGAGAUCUCAUCCAAUAGGAAUUCAUGCACUGUAGAGGUAGGAAGUGUUGGUAGAGUCUCUUUCCUGAUUGAGAAUGAGAGAAGUGAUCAGGUUUCACAGUCAAAUUCCAAUUCCAAUUCCAAACCCAAGUUGCAAAACAAAGCUGAUGAGGUUCAGUUGCUGAGGAGGAGCAGCAGUAGCUGUGUUGAAAUCAAAAGAAGUGGGUUUUGGAAAAUUGGGAAGUUGUUCAGGAAGAAAAGGGAAAAAGACAGUGGGAACAAAAGUGUUGGUGGGUUUGAUGAUAAAAAUGAGAUGUGGCUUGUUGAUCAUAUGGGUGUGUCCAGGUCUAGGUCUCUCUGCAGUUUCAGGGGAGGUGGGUGGUUUGGGUCAGAGGAAGGUGGGGAUUUGAUGGUUUCUGGUGCUAGGAGUUCAAUUUCUGGAGCAAGGAGUUCUAGUGUCACAGCAUGUAUGGUUUUAGAUUCUGGAAGAAGAAGUGGAUUCAGCGAAGCAGAGCCAAGAAAGAGUGGUUUUGAUGGUGAGAACGCUUCAGUUUCCGAAUUUGGCACUGAUUUCAAAGGUGUGAGGAAGAUCGGUCUCAUGGAAGUUGAUAAUGGAUUCAGUGGAACAAAUAGAAGGGUUUUCUCACUCAAAGAGAGUGAUUUCAAUGGAAUGGAUGAAUCAGGAUUCAUUGAUUUGAAACUUGACUACUCAGCUGAAUCAAAGCCAGACUUGUCUGCUGCCAAAAUGGGUAUUCUAUCACAUUCAGAAUCUGCUUUUGGAAGCAUGAGAGGUGGUGAAUUUGUCGCACAGGAAUGUGGAGGUGGCGGUGGUGGUGGUGGUGGUGGUGGUCCUUUUGGGAGUUUUGUUGGGGAUGAAAUUUUUGGUAAUGGGGGUUCUUGUAGGAUCACAGUGAAUGACAGAGGGAUCAAAAAGGGAAGGAGAAGCAUGAAAGGUUGGAAAUGGAUUUUCAGGCAUCAUCCAAGUUGGGGAUCAACUGCAGGGAAGAAGGAUGAAGACCUGAUGUUCAAAACUUGAGAAAAAAGAUUGUAUCUUUUAGUAGCUUACAACAGUGUCAUCUGUGUUUUUUUUCUAUCUUGCAAUUUGUAGUCAUAUAGUCAGAGUUACUGCCCUUUUACUCUCUUUCUCA